UUGUGACCUGCAGAGCAGCCUGGGUUGUUGUGAGCCAGCUGCCUGCAGCAAGAGGUGAUUACAUUAAUGAGGGUAUCCCUGGGGAGAGUGCUGGUGACAUCAGGAGAUGACACUGUGGGGGCGCCCUGGACUUUGUGAGAGAUUAGUACUUGCAGAAGCAUUUGGCAAGUGACAAGCUAGUUACUAGUGGCUGGGCUUCUGGUUGCUGCGGAGGACCUGGGAUGGGGGAGGACUAUGAGUCACCACAGCUAUGUCUGACAUGAACUUGGGCAAAGUGAUCUGUAUUGUUAGAGAUGACCUCUAUUGCCGACACUUUCCUGGACCCUGCUAAAGCUGCUUUCCUGGAGUUCAGCCAUGGAGCAGCACCUUCUCCCCAACCCCGGCAGCAGCACUCUCCAGCUCUGGCACAUGGGCAUUACCUGCAUGGCUUCCACCCUGCUGGGCAUGAAGGUCUGUUCUCUCCAGGGGCAUCAGUUUACGGGAGCAGGUCCUUAUACCCCUAUUCCCCAUCUUCCAGCAGUCACCACCAUCACAGCGGGAGUCCCUACCUGGAUUACCAGCACUACAGCAACACCUUCAGCCAUGCUGGGAGAGGGCAGGAAGACCUCGAGUUGGAGAAAACUACAGUUAUAGAAAAUGGAGAAAUCCGGAUUAAUGGAAAAGGGAAGAAAAUUAGAAAGCCUCGAACAAUAUAUUCCAGUUUGCAGCUGCAGGCAUUAAAUCAGAGGUUCCAACAAACACAGUAUUUAGCCUUGCCAGAAAGGGCUGAGCUGGCUGCUCAGCUUGGCCUAACACAGACUCAGGUGAAAAUAUGGUUUCAGAACAAGAGGUCCAAGUACAAGAAGUUUGUAAAACAAGGUUCUAGUAUUCCAGAUGGAGACCAGGCUCAUACAUCAUCUUCGCUCUCUCCAUGUUCCCCUAAUGUUACUCCACACUGGGACUUUCCUUCAGCUGGAAAAACAGCUCCAAUUCCUUCCAAUUACUUGAAUAAUUAUAACCCUUGGUAUCAGACUCCAGAUACUUUAUCAAGACCGCCGAUGAUAUAACAAAAAUGAAAAAUGGUCCCUUUACAGUCUUUGCCUUGCACAAAUAUCAAAAGUGUCAGUUUGGAUGUCUUGUGAAAAAAGGGCAUGGUUAUGGUUUGUAUGAGGAGGCCCCUCUCCAAAUACAAUCUUCCAUGUGGAAAGAGAAAAGGAAACUUUGGUGUGAACUUAUUCAUCUCCUAGAGGCAUUAGAUGGCAGUACCAUGCACGCAGACAUUCUGCAUUAAUAUCCAUUUGAUGGAAGACACAUGUUUGAAACUAUCUUUUUUUUUAAUCACUGCUCAGAAUACAGUAGAUACACACAAAUGAACAGGAGGUUAGAAAAACUAUGAGCAGGACAACGUGGUAAAAUGUAUUGCUUAGUCAAUACCAAGAACAAAAGUCCAUUUUGCUUUAAUUGACAAUUAAUUUAAUUUCUAUGGUUACCUUGAACACAUUAUUUUUCUAAACUGUGGACCCUCCAUUUUUUCUAAUAAAAAUAGUACCAAAAAUCUAUACAUAGUUCAUCUCGUGGGUUGAGACAGCGUUUAUUCUAUCAAUUUACCUAGUGACUAAGGAUGUCAUUGAGGCAUCAUUGAGGCAUGAGGCAUGAGGAAGUCUUGCUUAAUGUGAACAUUGGUUUAGCCCACAAAAUAAUGGCUUCCACAAUAUACUUGAAAUGUGAAAAUAGAAUCUUUCAACUAAAUACAACUAUUGCAACAUAAGGAACAUAUCUUUAUGAGAGGAAUCUACUGUCACCAUGUCAACUGAAGAUUAAUUUAAGAGCUUUUAUUUAUCUGGCCUGAAUUAGGAACAUGGACAUUAUAAAAUGAAAUAAAACAACUUAUGAACGAAGCAGGUCUGACAACUGAGACAUAAAAGAGGUGAAGGAGCCAUACUGUAUAUUGCCUCCAGGAUUUUUAAGGAUGUGUGUCAUGUCUUAAAAAGACCAAACACUUGUAUUUUAAACAUGACACUUGGUAUUGGCAAGUAGAAUUGCAAAGGGCAGAUGAAUAUAGGCAGAAAACAUUCACCUCAGUCAUCUAAUUAUGUGAUGAAGAAGAGACAGAUAUGUAUGCACAUCAAGAGCCUUUAAGGCUCACCUCUAGUCAGACUUAACCCCUUUUGCCAAGAGCACCUGUACCUGUCCUGCAAGAAAUGGAUCAGUACAAAUAUUCUCAUCAUUACUGUUAAAUAAACAGUAUAGUGCAUCUGUCAUCUACACACAAUGCAGACUGCCAGUUUGUUGAAUCAAAAUUCUUAAAAAUACAGCCUCUUCAUUUGUUACUAAGGCACUUCUUAAUAAGAUAUUCCUCAGGAUUGGUUCUCCAAGUGAAUUCAAAGGCUGUAUUUUCACAAAUGUUGGUUCAACAAACAAAAUAGUUUCUGCUGCUGUCUGUAGGCAAUAUCAAUAUGCAAUAAACAUUUCUAGGUUUUAAAGUUCUUAGAACUACAGACUGAGCUACUGUUGGAUAUAUAAAAAAAUGGAAUUAUUAAACAAACAUAUGAGCAAAUGAUAAAUUAUUGUGCAGAAACUUGUAUUAAAGUCAUGUGAUCAUCUAUGCUGUUUGGUUUAUGGUCUAGUGCUGAUGGUCACAUGACUGGGGCAAUGGCUUGGCAGAAGAGGUGAGAAUAGUUUUGAUAGUUCAGAUAUGAACACACAAAAUAUACCUUUAGCUACACAGCAGAAUCUGUACAAUAUUUUGGGAGAGAGAUCAAGGCUGUAUGUACAAAGCCUUAUGGUGAGAAUUAUCAAAGCUUGGAAAGAGAUCAAGUGGAGAGAGCUAAAGAAGCAAUCAGCUCCUAACUGUCAUGUUACCGACUAUGUUCGAAAAAUGACAUCUAUGAGCUAUUUGGUUGGUACUUAAUCUCUUUACACUUUAUCUCUCUCCAAGCUUUGAUAAACACCUCCCUUCCCCCUGGAGAGAGAUAAAGUUAAGUUGUUGCCCAAACCAACCGAUUAGCUUCUGUCAUUUCAAAGACUGUGAAGUUGAUGUAUCAAGCAGUGAACAGAAAGAAGAUGUGGACAAGCUUCUAGCUAUCAUUUUAUAAAAGGUACUAGAUAAAUGCUAACUUGAAGCUGAUUGGCUGCUAUGGGCAACUUUUCAAUUGGUCCACUCUUUUCACUGCUUAAAAUGGGUUCCGGGUGAUAGAUCGAAAGUCAGUAGGUCGACAGUCAAUAGGUUGACCUCAUAUGGUCGAAAUGCAUUAGGUCAACAGGUACAAAAGGUCAACAUGUUAAAGAUCGCCAGUGCUUAAGGUUUGACAGGUAUAAAAAAGGUCAGCAUGGCAAUGGUCGACACACAUAGUUCAUAGUUUUCACAAGUUUUUUUUCCAACUAUUUCAUAAUUUAAAAUCUACAUGGACUAUGACUGGGAAUAGUAACCUGUGACAAAUGCAGCGGUAGUGGAGUGAGACACCUUGCCCGAAGCGUGGUGAACGUACAUGUUUCCACUACUUUGGCUUACAUUUGGUUAAGCAUGCAAAAUGACACAAAAAAACCUUGUAUCGACCAUUUUGAUGUUGACCUUUUAACACUUUCGAACAUUUGUACCUAUCAACGUUUUGUACUGUCUUCCUUUUCCAUGUUGACCUUUUGACCCUGUUGAAUUUCGACCAUAUGGGGUUGACCUAAUUAUGAACGAUCUUAUGGACCACACCCGCUUCUCCAAGGCUUGAUACAUCUCCUCUAAAGUACAAAUGUUGCCCAUACCAACCCUAAUUAGCUUCUAACUUUCAUUUUACAGGCUGUGCUAGAAGGGGAUUGGUUGCUAUACGCAACCUCUCCACUUUAUCUCUCUUGAAGGUUUGAUACAUCUCUCUGUUUUUACAUGGUCCUUGGGUUUAAUUUUAACAGAGGAAAUGUUAAAAUCAUGAUAAGUAAUAUUACUAAUUAGUAAUUAGAAAUCAUGGUGGAACAUUUGUAGCAUCUAGGUAUUCAGACAUCCUGCAAUCACCAGGCUUUUGUAUUGUGUUUAUAAACAAAUGACCUCCAAAAAAUGAAGAGGCAUUUCUUUAUAUUGUUUAAUUUAUCAUUAUAACUUUUAUAAAUUAAUCAAUCUUUAAAAUAAUAUAAUUGAAAAUUACAUUUUCUUUCAAUAUUUAUCAUAUGCUAAAUACAGUGUGUAUCAACCUCUCUCACACUCCUAACUCCUAACCUAAUACUUCUCCUCACCCCACCACACACCCCAACUCUCUCCCACAGCAAGAAAAAAGUUUAUUUUUUUGCAGGACAGGAACAGGCUAUGGUCAGACUGAAUGAGAUUUAGAGCCUUACUGCAUAUAGCAACAUACAGGGAAAACCCAAAGUAAUAUAUUUAUGUUUUGCAAUGCAGAAUUCACCAAUAAACCAUUUUCUAGGAUUUGUGUGAAGGGUUUUAGACAUAUAAAUUAUUUGCUUCGGUCUUUCCACAAUUGCUAAGUGAAUUUUCUUUUUCUUUUAAGCUUAUGUUAUGAUUGUCUGGGUCUUUCUGACCCUAAGGCUGUCUGAAGCUGGUAGUGUUGCAACCUAGGUCACUGAACAUGAGUUUUAAGCCGUGUCACAGCAGCUUGAAUCCCUGUUUACAAUGCAGACUGGACCUAGGUUAUUGCUGGGCUUCCCUCUGCCGGCACUUUGAGAUGACAUCAUCUCCAAGCGCCAGAGAUCCAGCUCUCCAUACAGUGUAAACCGGGUUGGAUGACCCAGGUCACCUGUUUACACUGCCCUGGUACACAAGUACAACCCUGCUUGCUACCCGAAUUGGAUUGCUGGUUCAGUCGACCCGGGUUUUUCUUAAGGGAUCCUUUUACACAGAGGCAACCCGGCAAUCACUUGAGUUAUUUGGGCAGUGUAAAAGGAGUAUUAGUGUAUAGUACCUCCAGCUGUUCUCUAGUAUACAGAUGUCUUAGUAUGGACAAACACAAGUGGCAACAGGAGGAACAGAGAAAUGCUGCAUGACAGAAUUUAGGUCACAUGAAAGCAAAGGCAUGACUAGGGGGAUGCAGGGAGUGUAGAUUGCACUCAGGUGUCACCCUUCCAGGGGGUGACACCAAAAAGCAGAGCUCCUAUAAGCCGGGGUGCUGCACUGGGACAUUAUCCCGUCACUGAGAAGGAGCAGGCAGUGCAGGCAGAGUUUCUGGGGGCAGACCAGCAUCUCCAGGAAUGCUGAGCAAGGCCCUGGAGUGAUGAAAGUGUGGGCCUGCUGUAAAGCCACACCCACUUCCUGCAAGGCCACCCUCCUUGAGGCUGCGGGUGGUGCUAAAUUGGUGCAUCUGGUGCAAGCUACUGCACGAAAGUGAUCCAGGCAAGAUGUAAAAUAGGUUCAAUCAUUUUGUAUACCAGUCCCCUGACCCCCUUCCCCCCACCCUUAUUUCACCUCCUGCGACAAAGUGUCUCAUAGCUAGAAAGUCUACAUUGGGGGGGAAAGAAUUGCAUUUUGGAAAGCAGAUAACAUCACUCCCUGGAUUUUUUUUAAUACUCAAAAAUACCAAAAUAGUUAAAUACUUAACUAUUCUAUUCUUCCUACUUGUGACAGAUAUCUCAAGUUAUAUAAAAUGUUUACAGAAUUUUUUAAGGCUAUUAAAUUGGCACAGAAAUAUGUGUAUAUUGUUUUUUAACUUAAUAUUUUUAGAUCAAACUACAAACCAAUUUUAUGAGGGUUACAAUCUUAAAACAUUAUUUAUAAAGAAAUGUGGUUAUUGUAUUCUCAAUACCAGCACAAUUUGGUAUUCUAUAGAUAAACAUUCCU